UGCCACUCCACUCCUGAGCGCCACUGACCCCACCAACACCCAGGAGGAACAUGGCCAUCACCGGAGUCCCAGCGUUAGGGUUUUUCAUCACCGUUGCCCUGAUGAGCCUUCAGGAAUCGUGGGCUAUCAAAGAGGAUCAUGUGAUAAUCCAGGCUGAGUUCUAUCUGACCCCUGGCUCGGCGGGCGAGUUUGCAUUUGACUUUGACGGUGACGAGAUUUUCCAUGUGGACUUGGAUAAGAGCGAGACGGUCUGGCGGCUUAAAGAAUUUGGUGAUUUUGCCAGCUUUGAGGCUCAGGGUGCAUUGGCCAAUAUCGCUGUGGACAAAGCCAACCUGGACACCAUGAUAAAGCGCAGCAACCACACCCCGAACACCAAUGUACCUCCAGAGAUGACUGUGCUCUCAAGCAACCCUGUGGAACUGGGAGAGCCCAACGUCCUCAUUUGCUUUAUCGACAAGUUCUCCCCACCAGUGAUCAAUGUCACAUGGCUUCAAAAUGGAAAACCUGUCACAACAGGAGUGUCGGAGACGGUCUUCCUGCCCAGGGAGGACCACCUUUUCCGCAAGUUCUACUAUCUCCCCUUCCUGCCCUCAACUGAGGAUGUCUAUGACUGCAAGGUGGAGCACUGGGGUUUGGAGAAGCCUCUUAUCAAGCACUGGGAGUUUGAAGGACACAGCCCACUCCCAGAGACAACAGAGAAUGUGGUGUGUGGCCUGGGCUUGGUUGUAGGCCUGGUGGGUAUCAUCGUUGGGACCAUCUUCAUCAUCAAGGGCGUGCGCAAAGGCCAGGCUGCUGAACGCCGUGGGCCACUGUGAGGCACUUGCAGGGAGAAGAUCAUGAAGAGGUUUCUGCUUUAACAUCUUUACAAAUUGGCAAUUCUCCAAUUGUUCACCUCCGUGAAGACAACCAUUCUUCAGCACUUUGCAGUCAGUCUAAGAGUGGUGAUGCCUUCGCCAUCUCUCCAUACUCCAGCAUCUAGUUGGACUUCCCUGUCCAUUGGCCCUUCCCGAUUCUGUUUUCCCUCCAUUUCCCACUCUCUGUUUUACUAUGAGCAUGCAAUGCCCCUCCAGUAGGCCCAAUAAGAUCCUUUCUUUGCUGUAAGAACUUCUGAAAAUUCUAUAGGAGCAUCUCCUGUAUACUUACUGCUUGGGGUUUCUUCAAACUGUGACUGUGAUUUUUCUAAAUACAAUAAACUAUUGGAUAAGU